GGAGAGGAGGAGGAGGAGCGGGUGGGCCUGGCGAAACGAGGAAGGGAGCGGGCGCUUUUGAAGCCGCCCGCGCGAGCAGCUCCCUCCCCGCGGCAGGGCAGACGAGCUCAGAGGCCAUGAGCCGUAUCGGCGGCGAAGCUCUAGGGAAGCUCCUGAAGGCGCAGGCCUUCCGCUUGCCCGGCCGCCAUGGUUACGCAGUAGAGUUUUCGCCGUACCUGCCGGGGCGUUUGGCCUGCGCUACCUCGCAGUACUACGGGAUUGCAGGUUGUGGAACUCUAGUAGUGUUAGAACAGAAUGAAGCCGGACUUCAUCUUUUCAGGAGUUUUGACUGGAAUGAUGGUCUAUUUGAUGUGACGUGGAGUGAAAACAAUGAACAUGUGCUGGUCACAUCUGCUGGAGAUGGAUCUUUACAAAUCUGGGAUACAGAAAAACCUGCAGGUCCUUUGCAGGUCUAUAAAGAACACACUCAAGAGGUCUAUAGUGUUGAUUGGAGUCAAACCAGAGGAGAUCAGUUAAUAGUAUCUGGAUCAUGGGAUCAAACAGCAAAAUUGUGGGAUCCUGAAGUGGGACGGCCAUUGCGCACAUUCAGAGGCCACGAAGGUGUCAUUUAUAGCACCAUAUGGUCUCCACAUGUCCCUGGCUGCUUUGCCUCUACCUCAGGUGACCAAACUCUACGGAUUUGGGAUGCAAAAUCACCAGGACUCCCAGUGAUAAUUCCUGCUCACCAAGCUGAGGUUUUAAGCUGUGAUUGGUGCAAAUAUGAUCAGAACCUACUUGUAACAGGUGCUGUUGACUGCAAUUUGAAAGGCUGGGACCUGAGAAAUACCCGGAAACCUAUAUUCAGUCUGCUUGGGCAUACAUAUGCAAUAAGAAGAGUGAAAUUUUCACCAUUUCAUCCCACUAUAUUGGUUUCUUGUUCCUACGAUUUCACUGUGAGAUUUUGGGAUUUCUCCAAGCCUGACCCUCUGCUUGAAACUGUGGAGCAUCAUACGGAGUUUACUUGUGGACUAGAUUUAAGUUUGCAUGAUUCGGGUCAGGUGGCUGACUGCGCUUGGGAUGAAACUGUGAAGAUCUAUUAUCCAUCUUCAUUGGUAGUUCCUGCUUAGAAAGAUUUCUCAAUUGCAAAGAACUGAUUUAUAAGAAAUUAUUUUUGUUUUUCUUGGGCAUCUGUCAUAUUAUGCCUUACUAACAAUAUUAGAUUUUAAUAUGAGCUUCAAAGUUUCAAACGUGAUUAAGGACAGAUUCAUAUAACAUCUUGCACAGAACCUGGACUGAAUCAGCAAAAUGAUCACAUGCUAUGUACAGAAUAUACAAUUAUGUAAAUUAUGAACAGGCAACCUAAUAAAUUCCAAAUGUUUUAGUCUAUAGCUUUUAACAGUCCCAAAUAGCAUGAUUAUUGCCAAGAGUUAGUGGAAAUUGUAUUCCAAGACAUAUGGAGGGCACUAUAACACUAUUCCUGUUGUAAAUAUUAGGUACAGUGUAGGAACUGUGUCUUAUAUUUAUAAGAGUUAAAAAUACAAAUUUUAUUGCAGUUUAAGUAUUCUCACUGUUGCGAUGUAGAAUUUAUCGUAAAACAAUGUAUCAGCAUUGAACUGAGUUCAUUAUGGAAUUUCUGUACAAUAAUGUAUUUAUAAUAUGGCACAUAGUUUUCACAGUUGAUGGUUUUACAGUCUGAGUUUUAUCUUUCUUUUUGUUUGUAAGACAAAUUCUAUAAUUUUCUUGAUCAAAUUUAAUACAUUUUUAGAUUCUGUUGUUUUGAAUUAAACUAUGAUUGAACUAAAAUUACCAACUUCUGAAGGAAAAAUGAACAUGACCUUAAGGCCAGAAUCCAGACAAACUAGAAGGAAGGGCCAAAAUGCCUAAGACAAAAAACAGUUGGUAUCCAAGUAGUAAAGUUACUUUCUAUGUUUAGUAUUUACUUGUUACAAAGAAAUAAUUUUUUAUGUGAUGUUAAACAUUGUGCAUAUUUACUAAUGAGAAUAAGUAAAACUAAGUUAUCUGUUUCAAAACUCAGUUGAUUAAUCCAUGACAGAUAAUUUAAACUCCCCACAAAGCAAACUUAGCACUGAUUUAAUGUUGUCACAGUAUGUCUUCUAACAGUCAACUAAACUAUUUUUAAAAAGUUA